GCCCUGAGAGGCGGGAUGGACUUUGAGAUCCGAGGAGGAGUUCCAGAGCGCCGAUGCGACGUCACUCCCUUUGGGGGCGGGCUCAGUCCCUGGAUCUCCACCGCCAUUGGUCCGGAACCCCGCAGUAACCAGGGGAACUGCAAACAGUGUAGGGGCCGCUUCCGGUUCGAGCACCCGGAACCGCCGCCUCUAGGGAUGGACGGUCAGAUUCCGCGGAAGGCUGACAGAAGCCGGUCCUGCUCGUGGGAGAAAAAAGAGGGUUAUACUAAGGACAUGGUACCAGACUUUGAUGAGAAGCAUGAUGAGUAUUUAAUAUUGCUUCAGCAGAGGAACCGGAUACUAAAGCACUUGAGAUCCAAGGACCCCAUGCAGCUGAGACUGGAGCAUUUGGAACAAGGCUUCUCCGUCUACGUCAACGGGGCCAACUCUGAGCUGAAGACCUCACCCCGGAAAGCUGUCCACUCCGACUUCACCAGAAGCGCCUCACACGCCGAGGGGACGCACGAUUACGGGCGAAGAACCCUGUUUCGAGAAGUGGAAGAAGCUUUAAGACGCAACUCGCGGACAGCCCCUUCCAAAGUUCAGCGCCGAGGAUGGCACCAGAAAUCUGUGCAGAUCAGGACGGAAGCUGGCCCACGGCUGCACAUCGAGCCGCCUCUGGACCCUUCUGAAGAUUUUGAGCCCCGUGGGGAUAUGACCGUCAAGACCAAGGACGCUUCCGGGGACCGUCCACAGGGUACCAAGUCUCCUACUGGCACCAAGCCCUGUGAUGUUAAUUUCUCCCUUCUGAAUGCACAUGGAUUACCAGACCCUGCCAGCAGUGCAGACAAAGAAAGGAUCCUCUUAACUAUUCAGGAUGUAAUGGAGCUAAGAAAAAGCCUGGAACUUAGUGUAAAUCUACAAAGGAAACAAAAAGAUUGUUCCAGCGAUGAAUAUGACUCUAUCGAAGAAGAUGUGCUCUCGGAGCCAGAGCCCGAAGAGCAGGUGCUGGGGGGCCACCGCAGAGAUGACCCCGCCCCUUCCAGUGGGGACGCGGUGCAGAAGGACGUUCCCAAGGACCAGGAGAUGGAAGGACGCCCUCCCCGGGGCCCAGACCCCCUCGUGGUGCUGGAAUUUAACCCAGCUUCCAAAAGUAGUAAGAAGGAGAGGAAUUUGUCUGCUAAGCGGAAGGACAACGCUGAGGUUUUCAUUCCCAGCAGACCUGAGUUGAACCUGAACCCCCAGCCCUCUGCUGUGUUCCCAGACCAGGAGAAGGCAUGUUCAAGACCCGGGAGCCGACGAGAGAGACCCCUAUCAGCAACCCGGAAACCCGUGCGCGAGGCUGAGGACCGAGAGGAAGAUGCCUCGGCUGUGCUCAGGGCCAUCCAGGUGGAGAACGAAGCCCUGCAGAGGGCGCUCCUCAGCAGAAAGGGGGAGGCCCCCAGCAGCCCGCUGCAGGACACGGAGGGACCACCAGCAAAAUCGUGGACCAGUCUACUGAAGGGGAAGGAAGAGAGCGCUGAGCCACUUCCUACCCCUGAGGCGACUGGCAGGCCCAGCCCGCAGGAGCCGUGCAGGGCCACGGGGGGAACCACAGUCGUCCGUGAAGCCAUUGACAGAAUCGGCCUGCUGGGGAGCAGACAACAGCAAAGGCUUCUAAAAGUCCUCCAGGCCAUCGAAAGCGACUCUGUCCGCCUCAGCAGGGCUGUUUCACCGACAGAGGAGCCAGUGCCGGAUCCAGAGGACAAACUGAGAACAAGAGGCGGAGAGAUCGAAGAUGCCGUCUACGUGACCAUGGAAAUCCUGUCCAACUGGGGCCAUACGUCCUGGGUGGGUCUCACGGAAGUUGAGUUCUUUGACCGGAACAACACAAAGCUUUAUGUGUCGCCCCAUGACGUGGAUAUCCGGAACACGGACACGCCCGGGGACCUGGGCCACCUGGUCAAUAGGAACUUAGCUAGCAAGAAAGACCCCUCCUUGUGGACGUGCCCCUUCCACCCGCCGCUCCAGCUCUUUUUUGUUAUCCGCAACACGAGCCGCCUGCACGACUUUGAUCUAGCCAAGAUCAAGGUUUGGAAUUACUGGACAGCUGAUGGUGAUCUUGACAUUGGUGCCAAGCACAUGAAGCUUUAUGUCAAUAAAAAGCUCAUCUUUGAUGGCACGUUGGACAAAGGAGGUGGAGAGGGCCCAGCUGACCUGAGCGUCCUGGUUGGCCAGAAAAACAAGAAGGAGGAAAGAAUGGAGAGGACCGUGGGUGCCCCCUCGGGAGAAGGCGGAGAUGCCUGCAAGAUGGCUGGCACAGAUGGGGCCCACUCACAGCCAGCUGGAGCAGCGGUAGAUGUGAAGGUUUCUUCCCAAGGAAAGUUAUUUGGCGAAAAGAUGAAUCCUCCCAAUUGCACGAAAGACAAUUCGUCCAAGUUAAACGAAGACACGAGCUUAUUAGCAGCCCCAGCCCCGAUGCCGGCCUCGAUGGGUGGCGUGCCCCGUCCUCCUCCCCUCCGCCCGGCUGCGGAAUGCCCUGCCCUGGACCCAGAGCCCUCUCUGAUCCAACAGCUGGAAAACCUCACAGGCAGAAAAGUCUCCGAACCACCAGCAAAAACUCCCUCCUGGUUGCAACCUUCUGCCGCGGGGAAGGGCAGGAAGCAGGGAGGCAGGAAGCCAAAACCUCUAUGGCUGAGUCCCGAGAAGCCACUGGACCGGGAAGGCGGGCUUCCAUCUGAUGACGUCAUUGGCGCCAGGGGUGAGGGUCCUAGAGAGGCUGAGAUCGGGGAUAAAGGCCCCAGGCGUGAGCAAGGGCGAGCAAGCAGCUGGAAUGUCAUCGCUGGGGAGAGAGCCCAGAAGGUGACCCCCAACGUCUGUGACGACUUUGACAUCUUUAACCAGCCCUCCAACAGAGAGCGCCCUGCUAGUGGGAGGAGGGGCCCGAGGAAGGACGCCCUCAGCAGCGGUCACAGUGAUGGCCAGCCAACCAGCAGAGAAGACGCCCGGUCCACCGAGACGCCGCCACGACCCCGGUGGUGCAGUGAGCAGGAACACACGCUGCAUGAGUCCUGGGACUCCCUCAGUGCCUUUGACCGCUCCCACCGGGGACGCAUCUCCAACAUGGAGCCACAGGGGGACAUCCUGGACGAGUUCCUGCAGCAGCAGAAGGCCAGCCGGCACGGCGAGCAGCCGCCCCCGUGGAAGGAGGAGAAGCUGGGGCCAAGGAGAGGCCGGGAAGACAGUCCCGUAGAGACGGACGACGCGAGUGACUUUGAAAUCCCCGUCUUGCCUUACGGACAGCGCCUGGUCAUCGACAUCAAGUCGACGUGGGGGGACAGGCACUAUGUCGGCCUUAACGGAAUAGAAAUAUUCAGUUCCAAGGGGGAGCCGGUGCAGAUCGCGAACAUUCAAGCCGAGCCCCCCGACAUCAAUAUUUUACCGGCCUACGGGAAAGACCCCCGCGUGGUCACCAACCUCGUCGACGGGGUGAACAGGACCCAGGACGACAUGCACGUCUGGCUGGCCCCUUUCACACUGGGCAAGCCCCACACCAUCUCCGUAGACUUCGUGCACCCUUGCCAGGUCGCCCUGAUCCGGAUCUGGAACUACAAUAAAUCUCGGAUACACUCCUUCCGUGGCGUGAAGGACAUCACCAUGCUGUUAGACUCGCAGUGCAUCUUCAAAGGAGAAAUCGCCAAGGCCUCGGGGACCCUGACAGGAGCCCCAGAGCACUUUGGAGACACCAUCUUAUUCACGACCGACGAUGACAUUCUGGAGGCCAUAUUCUGUUCUGAUGAGACAGUCCCAGAGCUGGAGCCACCACUCAGUCCGCCUGUCCCUGAAGUAACCACCCCAGAGCCAGGCAUCUACCAUGGGAUCUGCCUUCAGCUGAACUUCACUGCCUCCUGGGGGGACCCGCACUACCUGGGGCUCACAGGCUUGGAAGUGGUGGGCAAGGACGGCCAGGCACUGCCCCUCAGCCUGCACCAGAUCUCCGCCUCCCCCAGGGACCUGAACGACCUUCCUGAGUAUGCCGAUGACUCCCGGACCCUGGACAAGUUAAUCGAUGGAGCCAACAUCACGAUGGAGGAUGAGCAUAUGUGGCUGAUCCCUUUCUCACCGGGCCUGGACCACGUGGUCACGAUCCGCUUCGACAGAGCCGAAAGCAUCGCAGGCCUGCGCUUCUGGAACUACAAUAAAUCUCCCGAGGACACCUAUCGCGGGGCCAAAAUCGUCCACAUCUCCCUGGACGGCCUGGGCAUCUCCCCUCCAGAGGGCUUCCUCAUCCGGAAGGGGCCGGGCAACUGCCACUUUGAUUUCGCUCAAGAAAUUCUCUUUGUGGACCACCUCCGGGCUCGACAGCUGCCCCAGCCGGCCCAGAGGCUCAACACGCAAAGCCAAGAGCGGGCAAGCAUGGACUACGAGGCACCCCUGAUGCCCUGCGGCUUCAUUUUUCAGUUCCAGCUCCUGACCAGCUGGGGUGACCCCUAUUACAUCGGUCUUACGGGCCUGGAGCUGUAUGAUGAGCGGGGAGAAAAAAUCCCUCUGUCGGAAAACAAUAUCGCCGCCUUCCCCGACAGCGUGAACUCCCUGGAGGGCGUGUGCGGGGACGUCCGGACGCCCGACAAGCUCAUCGACCAAGUGAACGACACCUGCGAUGGCAGGCACAUGUGGCUGGCUCCCAUCCUGCCGGGCCUGGUGAACCGGGUCUAUGUGAUUUUCGAUCUGCCUACCACCGUGUCAAUGAUCAAACUGUGGAAUUAUGCAAAAACGCCCCAUCGAGGGGUGAAGGAGUUUGGCCUCCUGGUGGACGACUUGCUUGUGUACAACGGGAUCCUGGCCAUGGUGGGCCACCUGGUGGGGGGCAUCCUGCCCACGUGCGAGCCCACGCUGCCCUACCACACCAUCCUCUUCACCGAGGACGCAGACGUGUGCCGCCAGGAGAAACGCACCGCCAUCAGCAACCAGGUGGAGGAUCAGGACGUCCAGAUGAUGAACGAAAACCAAAUCAUUACCAACUCGAAAAGGAAGCAGAGCGCGGUUGACCCAGCACUGCGCCCCAAAACCUGCAUAAGCGAGAAGGAGACAGUGCGACGGUGGCGGUGCUGACUGGCGGAGGAGGGAGAGCCGGGCCUCCUGACCAGAGCCGGGCUCUGUCACCGGCCCUGCCCAGCACCCGUGUCGCCCGCCCCCAGACCUCAGCCUCGGCAGCCUGGACUCCGGGGGCUGGAAGAAGGAGUCCCGUCGCGAAAGGGGACUCGCGUGGCACGGCCUUCCUCUGCCUUGCGGCUCGGGGGCUCCCUCCCGGGACACCCAGCUCGGUGCCCUCCCGCAGGACCCAGCAAAGCAGGGCCACACGCACUCACGCCUGUCCCUGCUCAGGCCCAGAUGGUGGGGUGGCCGGGGAGGGCUUGCUCCCAGCACGGAGUGUGGCUGUCCCGGGCCCGGGGUCAGGCCUCAGACCCCAACAGCAAGGGGAGGGGUGCCAGCAGCUCCCCGCCCCCCAUGUCCCUCCGUCAUCCGGGGUUCGGUGCAGCUGGGUGAGGGGGUGGGGCAGUUCCCUGGUCCCCCGAAGGUCUAGCCAGGGCCGCUGCAUCCCCCUCACUCAUCCCAGGCAAGGAGGACGGAUCCCCGGGGACGUGUGUGUCUCACUGGGAAGAAGAAGGGGGCCAUGCCCACCCGCCAUGCUGCCAGGCCCACGUGGGACCCGCGGGUGGACAGCUUCACGCCCCAGAAGGCUCCGGACGCAGGGCAGGCCGAGGACCAGGGCCACAACCCCCCCUCGGGCCCCAGAGCCCACCUCCCCUUCCCCUUGAACUCUGUCUGGGGGAGGGCGGCUGCAUCCCUGUGGUCUCACCACCGGCUUCUCUCACUCGCCUCCCCCAGUCUCGCCCGUGCCGGGCGCCCUUGCCUGCGGGCAGCGAGGUGUCUGGUGCCCCCACCCCUUCCCCCCCUCCCGGCAGCUUCCCCGCGAGUUGGAAAUGUGCCUUGCACCCCCAGCCGAGUAGAGCUCAGAACGCAUCUAUUUCCAUCUAUGUAACAAGCCCGGAUCAGGGACCUAAUUGGUUUCCCAGUGGUGGGUAAUUUCUCGUUCCAAAUAUUAAUCCGUUGUUUUCCUGGCGCCCAGCCCGGCCCCGCCGCAGCGCUGUACUCGAAGUACGUUCCUAUGCAACCGAGAGCCCGGCAGAUACUUUAUGAGCUUUGCAGCUUCCGCGGAGCAGCUAUGCAAAUGCGCUUUUCAUUUGGAGCAGGGGCCGAUGCAAAGACAAGGAAUUGUUUCUCCCGGAGAAGAUCCAUCAGUGCUGCAGCUCCCCUGCUCACCUCCCAGAUGGGGCGGGUGCCCCCGAGGCCUGUGGGCUCCCAGGAGAGCCGAGGCUUGGGGGGAGUCGGGGGCCGAUCAGGCCGGCGCUUAGGGACCAAAACAGGUGCCACGACUUUAAAGGCUGUCACGGCUUCCCGUCCCCACCUGAGGCUGGGGCCCGGGUCAGACUGUCGGGGGGAUUGCUCGAGCAGCGCACACGCUCCCAGAAUCUCCACUGAUGUUUAUAAUAAUUGUAUGCACCAUGCAAUUUAGGAGGGGGAGGAAAAAAAAGCUGUACAGGCAUUAACUCUAAAAUAAAUUUCUAUUUUUUUCUCUUGCAAGAUCAAUAAAAGAUGUUAUUAAGAA